CCAGUACCUUGAAAAUUACCUAUGGAUGAAUUAUUCUCCAGAGGUGUCCAGUAAGGCAUAUUUAAUGUCAAUCUGCUGUAUGGUGAAUGAGAAGUUCAGAGAGAAUGUCCCUGCGUGGGAGACAUUCAAAAAAAAGCCAGAACAUUUUCCCUUCUUUUUCAAACGCAUACUGGAAGCAUCGCUGGUUGAAAAUGACAGUGAAUACUCUCUGCAUGAACAGACUGUCCUGCUGCUUUUCCUUGAUCACUGCUUCAAUAGUUUGGAAGUGGAUUUGAUCAGAAGUCAGGUGCAGCAGCUCAUUUCCUUACCAAUGUGGAUGGCUCUACAACCUAAACGACUGGAACAAGAGCUGAAAAAGACACCAAAACUAAGAAAAUUCUGGAAUCUAAUUAAGAAAAAUGAUGAGAAAAUGGAUGAGGAGGCAAGAAUGCGAGCAUAUCAGGAGAGAAGAUUUCUUUCUCAGCUCAUUCAGAAAUUCAUUUCUGUGCUGAAAUCAAUACCUGUCUCAGGUCCUGUUUCUAUGGACAAAGUUCAUUAUUGCGAAAGAUUCAUUGAACUCAUGCUAGAUCUUGAGGCUUUGCUUCCCACGCGGCGCUGGUUUAAUACGGUGUUGGAUGACUCCCAUCUUGUUGUUCACUGUUACCUGUCCAGUCUUGCUAAAAGAGAGAAGGAGGGUCAUCUCUUCUGCCAGCUUUUAGAUAUGCUUAAAUUCUACACGGGCUUUGAAAUCAAUGAUCAGACUGGAAAUGCUUUGACAGAGAAUGAGAUGACAACAAUUCACUAUGACAGAAUUACUUCUUUACAGAGAGCAGCAUUUGCACAUUUCCCAGAGUUAUAUGACUUUGCACUCUCAAACGUAGCUGCAGUAGAUACUCGUGAUUCACUGGUGAAGUUAUUUGAACCCCUUAGCUCAAAUGUUCUCCACCAGGUGGCGUCAUACCUCUGCCUGCUGCCGCCCCUUCCCGACGGGGAGGACUCGAGCUACGAGAAGGCUUUUCUGCUGGAGUUGCUGGUUUCCCGUCAUGAGCGACGAAUAUCUCAAAUUCAACAACUCAACCAGAUGCCUCUUUAUCCCACUGAGAAGAUUAUUUGGGAUGAAAAUAUUGUACCAACUGAAUAUUAUUCUGGAGAAGGCUGCCUUGCGCUUCCCAAAUUGAAUCUACAGUUUCUGACUCUUCACGACUACCUUCUGAGGAACUUCAAUCUCUUCCGCUUAGAGUCUACCUAUGAGAUCAGACAAGAUAUUGAAGAUAGUGUCAGUAGGAUGAAACCAUGGUUGUCAGAAUAUGGAGGUGUGGUCUUUGGUGGAUGGGCUAGGAUGGCACAACCCAUUGUCUCUUUCACAGUGGUGGAGGUGGCAAAGCCCAAUAUUGGUGAAAACUGGCCCAUGAGAGUACGAGCAGAUGUUACAAUUAAUUUGAAUGUCCGAGAUAACAUCAAAGAUGAAUGGGAAGGUCUGCGUAAGCAUGAUGUCUGCUUUUUGAUUACGGUACGUCCCACACAACCUUACGGCACCAAGUUUGACCGACGACGACCUUUUGUUGAGCAAACUGGCCUGGUGUAUGUCAGAGGCUGUGAAAUCCAGGGCAUGUUGGAUGAGAAAGGACGUGUUAUUGAAGAAGGACCUGAACCCAAACCAAGACUUAGAGGGGACUGCAGAACAUACAGAGUAUUUCUGGACCCAAACCAGUAUCAACAAGACAUGACCAAUACAAUCCAAAAUGGAGCAGAAGAUGUUUAUGAGACAUUUAAUAUAAUAAUGAGAAGAAAACCAAAAGAAAACAAUUUCAAGGCUGUUCUGGAGACUAUUAGGAAUUUGAUGAACACAGAUUGUGUAGUUCCUGACUGGCUGCAUGACAUCAUUCUCGGCUAUGGAGACCCAAGUAGUGCACACUAUUCAAAAAUGCCAAAUCAGAUUGCAACUCUGGAUUUUAAUGACACUUUCCUGUCCAUUGAUCACUUAAAAGCUAGCUUUCCUGGAUACGAUAUUAAAGUGACCAUUGAUGAUCCAGUUCUGCAGAUACCACCCUUCAGGAUAACUUUCCCAAUAAAAGGAGGUAAAGGAAAGAAAAGAAAAGAGGAGGAUCGGAAUGAAGAAAAACCUGAAGAAGCUAAAACACUGAUUGUAGAGCCUCAUGUCAUUCCAAACAGGGGACCAUAUCCAUAUAAUCAACCAAAACGUUUACAAGAACCAGCCCAUAACUGCUGGGUUACUGUAUUCCUCUUAGGCAAGAAUCUGCCUUCACAUUGGACUAAGGCUUUCAUGGUGUAUGUACGUGUUCUUGAAGUUCACAGAAGCCAAGCAAUUGUACAUGAAACAGAAGAUGAUGUUGUUGUUGUUAAUGUAGUUGGUCCACCUGGUACUGGAAAAACUGAUGUAGCAGUCCAGAUAAUAUCCAAUCUUUAUCAUAAUUUCCCAGAACAACGAACUCUUAUAGUUACCCACUCUAAUCAGGCCUUGAACCAGCUGUUUGAAAAAAUCAUGGCUCUAGACAUUGAUGAGCGUCACCUCCUGCGUCUGGGUCACGGAGAAGAGGAAUUAGAGACAGAGAAAGAUUUCAGCAGGUAUGGAAGAGUUAAUUAUGUGCUGGCUCGGAGACUUGAACUUCUGCGAGAAGUUGGGCGAUUGCAAGAAAGUCUUGGAGUCCCAGGAGAUGUUUCUUACACUUGUGAAACAGCUGGCCACUUUUUCUUAUACCAAGUAAUGUCUCGUUGGGAGGAGUAUAUCAGCAAAGUGAAAGUUAAAGGUGGGAAACUGCCAAAUGUUACGGAUGUCUCCAGUUUAUUUCCUUUUCACCAGUAUUUUGCAAAUGCUCCUCAACCAAUUUUCAAAGGCAAGUCCUAUGAAGAAGAUAUGGAAAUUGCUGAAGGGUGUUUUAGACAUAUUAAGAAAAUAUUCACUCAGCUUGAGGAAUUCAGAGCAUUUGAACUUCUCCGCAGUGGCCUGGAUAGAUCCAAAUACCUGUUGGUGAAAGAAGCAAAAAUCAUUGCCAUGACUUGUACUCAUGCUGCUCUGAAACGACAUGACCUGGUUGAAUUAGGUUUCAAGUAUGACAACAUCUUAAUGGAAGAGUCUGCUCAGAUUCUGGAGAUAGAAACCUUUAUACCUCUCCUGUUGCAGAAUCCCCAGGAUGGAUUCAGUCGUUUGAAGCGGUGGAUUAUGAUUGGUGACCAUCAUCAGUUGCCACCAGUCAUUAAGAACAUGGCUUUUCAAAAAUACUCCAACAUGGAGCAGUCUCUUUUUACACGGUUUGUUCGUGUUGGAGUGCCAACUGUUGAUUUGGAUGCACAAGGACGAGCAAGAGCAAGUUUAUGUAACCUCUACAACUGGCGUUACAAGAAUCUGGGUAACCUGCCUCACGUGCAGCUUCUGCCAGAGUUCAGAACAGCCAAUGCUGGGUUUUUGUACGACUUCCAGCUUAUAAACGUAGAAGACUUCAAUGGUGUGGGAGAGUCUGAACCUAAUCCUUAUUUCUAUCAGAAUCUUGGUGAAGCAGAGUAUGUUGUAGCACUCUUCAUGUAUAUGUGCCUGCUUGGUUAUCCUGCAGACAAGAUAAGUAUCCUGACAACUUACAAUGGACAGAAACACCUAAUCCGUGAUGUCAUUAAUCAGCGGUGUGGAAAUAAUCCACUGAUUGGACGGCCAAACAAGGUAACAACUGUGGACAGAUUUCAAGGUCAACAAAAUGAUUAUAUUCUACUUUCAUUAGUGCGUACCAAAGCUGUGGGCCACCUUAGGGAUGUCCGACGAUUAGUUGUUGCCAUGUCAAGAGCCAGGCUUGGGCUUUAUAUCUUUGCAAGGGUAUCCCUGUUUCAGAACUGUUUUGAGCUAACUCCAGCUUUCAGCCAACUCACAGCUCGACCACUUCACCUCCAUAUCGUUCCCACAGAACGUUUUCCAACAGCAAGACAGAGUGGAGAAAGACCAUCUCACCAAAUACAUGUUAUUAAGAACAUGCCUCAAAUGGCUAACUUUGUGUACAAUAUGUACAUGCACAUGAUACAGAGUACACGCCACUAUCAACAGCGUUUACUGCCCCCACCUGUCAUGAUGGAAGAAACUGAAACCACUCAAACUCAAGAGACUGAAGUAGAAGGUGAAGUGCAAGGCAUGCAGGAGGAUGCAGAAGAAGAAGAAAAUAAGGUAGGGGAAGAAAUGAUAAAGGAAGGAGAAUUGAAAGUGGCCGAAGUGGAUGAACAUCGAACCAUGCCAGAGCACCCCGGAAGAGACAGUGACAGUGGAGACAGUGAACCUGAGAAUGAGACUGAAAAGUGAUCCACGUGGUGUUUGUCACCUACAUGUUUUGGAAAACAGAUGGGGAAAAAACAGUUAGAUACAUAAUUGCUAUUUUUACAUUGACUUUUUUAAAUGGUUGCUUGUGUAAUGUGUCCUGUUUCAUUUAUUUUUCUCUGAAUACUUUGUGGACAAGCAAAAUGUUUGGCAAACGUUUUACUGAGUUCU